GACAUUUACUGGAAACGAUUUUAUUUUGAUGAGCUUUAUGAGUGGCAUAUUCCGUAAACUAUCGUUCCAUCAAACUGACGCACCAAAUAUAUCGACUAUUAGAAACAAUGAAGUUAUAAACUACUACCAUGAAGGACUGAGCAUGUAUGUGAUGGACAUACCCUAUAACAAUGCCAACAUUUCGUUAUUUACGUUCCUACCUGCAGCGUUAAGCUCAGGUAAAUGGAAGAUCAUUGAGAACAUCAACAGGAAUGAUCUUCUCUAUUUGACCCAACGAAUGUCGACCGACGAAGGAAUGAACAACUUGCGCGAGCUGUUAAGAAACAGUAGAACAUUGAAGUUUGUCAUAAAAGAAUUUACAUGUUCCCAAAAUGUUUGUUUAUCUUUCGAGGUGGAGAAAAAUGUGCCAGUCCGUGAUCUAUUAAAAUCAUUAGGCGUCGAAGAAUUGAUAACGUCCGAAAUGCUCGAAUUGCAAACUAAAUGCCGAAAAUGCCUACCGUUGAAAAUUAAUUGUCCCAAGGUGCACAUCAACAAUGUUGCGCACCGUUCUCACAUAAGAGCCACAAGAGAUGAUGUGAUUCUAGGCGCAGUGACUUUGAUCCAUUCCGGUGGAGACGCCUCUCCGGAUGGCAAAAUAGAAGACGUUAAAUGGUGUAAUAUACCUUUCGUCUGGCUGAUCUAUGACAGACUGCAAGAAGAAAUCCUCUGUGUCGGCAGCUUUAAUAAUAGUACCUGCCCAAAUUCUCAAAUUGUACCGAUAGAUAUAUAUCAGUCAGGUCCAUCAGGCGUUCCGCCAACGAAAAAGCAACGGCUCGCCUAGAUUUAAAAAUCUUUUGGAAAUUCUAGAUUGAGAAACAAAUC